GCCUCGCGUCUGCCUGCAGUUUACUUGCGAAAAUGGCAGUUUCACUGUGAGAACUUGCUUCCCCGCGACUCGUGUUUUCUGCCGGUGCUGCUUCUCUCGAGAGGGAAUCUGAGCAGGAGAGUCCACCCUACAGUCCAUCCCCCCGCUCCAAAAAAUGACGGUCCCUGGAAUGAAAUUCUCGCUUAUUCCCAAGGCCAACAGGAAGGCGAUCUACGAGUACCUCUUCAAAGAGGGCGUGAUCGUCGUCCAGAAGAAUGGCAAGAUCGAGCGCCACCCGGAGGUCCCCGUCCCGAACCUCCACGUGAUGAUGACUCUGCGUUCUCUGCAGACCAAGAAGUUCGUCGAAGAGAAGUUCAACUGGCAGCACAACUACUACUUUUUGACAAAUGAGGGAAUCGAGUUUCUCCGUACCUACCUCCACCUCCCGCCCACCGUCUUCCCCUCCACUCUUACCAAGAAGAGCACUGGCAGACCCACCCGUGGCGCCGGCGAGGGCAUGGGCGAAGGCGGUGACAUGAACGGUGACUGGCGUCCGCGCGGAGGCUUCGGUCGUGGACGUGGCCGAAUGGGCGACCGCCCUGACAGAGCGGAGCGGGCCCCGCGUUAUGCAUAAACUGCUUCGUCUUUUUGUUCCCUUGUCUCGUUUCGUCUCCGAAUAUAGGGCGGUUCUGUUUGGCAGUCUGUUCUGGAGGACUCUGUUUUUCUCUGAAACACGUCUGUCGUCCGGGGGCACUCCAUGCUUUCACGUGGAAACAGACAAGAGAACAGGUUGUCUCCUUGCAACUCUCUUCUAACGAGAACCUGUUUGCGGUGAAGUCUCGGAUUCG